CAUCAUUCCCAUCACGCCCCGCGCCCGGCCGCUCGUCAGGCCAGUCCCCGGCCAAAGCGUUGUUUGUGCUUGGCGUCUCUACGCGACAACGCGAACGGACGCGUGCACUCUUCACGUCUUCUUAAAUCUCGUGUCCGCACUCAUACAACAUUCUGCAAAACACUCAUCCUCCAACCAACACGACCUUCUUGCAUCUUUCCAACAUCUCGUCAUUAUUCAAAGAGAAAGUCAUUCCACCUCUUGUACAACAAAACUCAUUCACAUUCACAUCCGCAACCAUGAGCGUCCAGACGACGCCCUCGAAAAAUGCGGCCUCGGCCAUUGAGAGCUUCACUAUCGAGUCACCCAUCAAGAAAUUGCAAAUGGAGUCGGUGGCGAACAAGGAGAACAUUCAAGCACGCUAUGACGCAGACGAGGUUGCUGUCCCGAUCAAGGGCAUUCCCGAUUUCGACGCGCCCAGGAAACAAGAUGAGCCGGCUGAGGACAACAACAAGCUCGCCGAGCAAGACGAGCCUAUCCUUCGUGAGAACGGACAGCGAUUCGUCCUCUUCCCCAUCAAAUACCAUGAGAUCUGGCAAAUGUACAAGAAGGCAGAGGCUUCCUUCUGGACCGCCGAGGAGAUCGAUCUAUCCAAGGAUCUCCACGACUGGAACAAGCGAUUGAACGACGACGAGCGAUUCUUUGUUUCCCACGUUCUCGCUUUCUUCGCCGCAUCGGACGGUAUCGUCAACGAGAACCUGAUCGAGCGUUUCUCUGGAGAGGUUCAGAUCCCCGAGGCACGAUGCUUCUACGGUUUCCAAAUCAUGAUGGAGAACAUCCACUCCGAGACCUACUCUCUGCUCAUCGACACUUACAUCAGCGAGCCUCGCCAGCGGACAUACCUGUUCAACGCCAUUGACAACAUUCCCUGCAUCCGCAAGAAGGCCGACUGGGCUCUGCGAUGGAUCUCUGACAAGAGCUCCACCUUUGCCUGCCGACUGAUUGCCUUUGCUGCCAUCGAGGGCAUUUUCUUCUCAGGUUCCUUUGCUGCCAUCUUCUGGUUGAAGAAGCGUGGUCUCAUGCCCGGCCUCACCUUCUCCAACGAGUUGAUCUCCCGUGACGAGGGCAUGCACACCGACUUCGCCUGCUUGCUCUUCUCUCACCUCAACAACAAGCCCGAUGCCGCCCUUGUGCAGAGCAUCAUCACCGAGGCCGUCACCAUUGAGCAGGAGUUCCUGACUGAUGCUCUUCCAUGCAAGCUCCUCGGCAUGAACGCCGACCUCAUGUGCCAGUACAUCGAGUUCGUCGCUGACCGUCUGUUGCUCGCACUCGGCAACAAGAAGUUCUACAACUCUACCAACCCCUUCGACUUCAUGGAGAAUAUCUCCCUCGCUGGCAAGACCAACUUCUUCGAGAAGCGAGUGGGUGAUUACCAGAAGGCCGGUGUCAUGGAGUCGACCAAGAAGCAACAACCCAAGACAGAUGGUGCUCCCGUCGAGGCGGCGCCCGUCAUGAACGGUGACUUUGCCUUCGACGAGGACUUUUAGAUGAGAAGAGUGCGAUGCCCCUUUUCGUCUGUCCUCGGUUUGUGAUGUCUGAUGUCUUUACUUGUCUAAUGUGUCUGUGCUUAUGGGAUUCAUGGCGUUAGCACGGGAUGGGAUUUUGUGUACUGUUUUUCACAGCGGAGUUUUGUUUGAUCAACGAGGUCCACCUGUACUCCUUGGAUAGGAGAGGUGUGUGACCGAGGAGGAUGGUUACAGUGUCAUCAUCGAAUGACUUUCGUGUGUAUGGGCGGCGAAAGAUGAUACCUACUCGCCCAGCGGCGGCGCUCUGGACAGC